AAAAGUUUCUCUGUAUAUAUAAUAUAUGUAUAUAUAAAUUUAGACAAUCAUGUCGUUCAAAGCAGUGCAGCGCCUAUUACUCUUUCUGGCAAUCGUUGGCUGUUGCCAUGGAAAAACCUUAUCGGGCGUGGAUGCCGCUCGCGAUCGCAAUCUGCUGGCCGCCGAUCUCUACAAUGCGGUGGGCUCGGAGCGGCUCAAUGAGAACAUUGUGAUUGGCACCGCGGCCAUACAGAGCUCCAUGGCGCUGGCCUUUUACGGGGCCAAGGGCCAGACGGCCAUUGAGCUGAAGGAGGGCAUGCGGCUGGGCAUUGGCGAUGCCGAUCAGGUGUCGCAGCGGCAUGGCAGCUUCCAGCAGGCGCUGACGCGUGACAACAAUCUGCGACUGGCCAACAAUAUCUACAUCAACGAGAAUCUGGAGUUUAAGGGCGGCUUUCGGGAUGUGGCGCAGCGUCAGUUCGACUCGAACAUUGACAAGCUGGACUUCCAUCCGCCCUACAACAAGCGCACGACGGAUAGCAUCAAUCGGGCGAUUGCGACCAAGACGAACAAUCAGAUUACGGACAUACUCAAGCCGGAGCUGCUCAACGAUCGCACGGAGGGCGUCAUUGUGAACGGUGUCACGUAUGCGGCGCCCUGGCAGAAGGCCUUUAAGCCGGACAAGACUCAGCAGCGCUCGUUCCGCACCGGCAACGGGCAGACCGUUCAGGUGGAGACCAUGUGGACGCUGCAGAACUUCAACUAUGCCGAGGUGAGCAGCCUGGACGCCAAGGUCCUGGAGCUGCCCUAUCAGAAUGCCGACUAUUCCAUGAUUGUGCUGCUGCCCAAUCGCAAGGACGGACUGCGUGCACUGCAGCAGAGCCUGGUGGGCAAGAACCUGCUCAGCGAGAUUGGCGACUUGAGUCAGCACAAGGUCGAGGUGGUGCUGCCCAAGUUCAGUGUGACCUUUGGCGUCAGUCUGGAGCAGCCCUUCAAGCAGCUGGGCAUUACGACCAUGUUCUCGCGCAACGGCGACUUUGGCAACAUGUACCGCAUGUUCGUGAGCCACUUCAUCAACAGCGUGGAGCACAAGGCACAUGUCGAGGUGUCUGAGGCAGGCGUGGAGCAGCCUCUAGAGUCGGGUGUUCUGAAGAGCUUCUUCUCGCGCACCAAGAAAUUCGAGGCGGAUCAUCCGUUCGCCUUUGCCAUUAAAUACAAAGAUUCGAUUGUCUUUAUCGGCCACAUCGCCAACUAUGCCUAUGUGUGAAGAGGCCUGCCUGCCCCCAACCACAACCUUCAGCUAAUUUGAGGUGCAAAUUAAAUAUGCGAUUUGUUUGUUUUUGUUUAAUGAAUACAAAUUUGAUCAACACUCAAAUUAAAACAAAUAA